ACUCUCUUCUCUCUUCACGUCAGUUAUCCGCCAUUGUUGUUCUUCAUUGUUCUUGUUUGCAGAAAUUAAAAUUAGGGCUUCUUUCUUCUUUUUGUGUUUUUUCUCUAUUAUCUGAUAAUGGCAAAAGAAGAAGGAGCCAAUUGGGACGGAUUGCUCAAGUGGAGCCUUUCUCACUCCGAUGGAACUCGCCCUCCUCGAAAUUUGAGUGAGGAGGACCGAAGAUGGUUCACGGAAGCUAUGCAGGCCCAAACUGUGGAUGUUACCAAGCGAAUGAAAGACAUAACUCUUGUUAUGCAAACUCCUAAGCAAGUCCUAGAGGCUCAAGGAGUUACUGCUGUCGACAUCGAAGAUUUGUUAGAUGAGUUACACGAGCACGUGGAGUCCAUUGACAUGGCAAACGUUGAUGAAUCCAAUUAUGCCACAUUUUCCUUUGGUAUACUUCCACCCAUAUAAAAAAAGGUUGCUGCUAUGCUGUUCUUCUAUGUGCAAGAAGGCAUUCUUGCGCUGUGGAUUUCAAGAAUGGUUUAACUGCUGAUGUUGUAGGUUUCCUAAUUAUUUUUCAUCUGUUAUUGUCGGUUUUAUGUAUGGCAUUGUCCUUCAACUUUGUUUGAACGGGUGUGGUCAAAUUGUAUGACUUCCAACCUUUGUCCUCCCUGGGGUCUAAUUUUUAAUUCGUUUGAUUGAUGGCAAUUUAGGGCUGGUUUGGGGUAACCUGAAUCAGCCAAAAAGUCAAAAAGUUACUCCAAAAUCCAAAAAGAUAUCACUAUUCAUCCAAAAAAAAAAAUUAAAAAAUUAAUUUCUUUCAACACAGGUACGCACGGAAUUGACACAGAGGCAGCGGCUGUGUGCGGCAGUGCAGAACAAAAGAAAUGAUUGGGUGUGAUUUUUAUACACACCGUUGUUCGUCCCAUGGGGCCAUCAGGGGUCCCGUUUUGAUAAUCUGAACCGUUCAAUAUGUAGAAAUCGUCGAGUAAUAUAUGUCUGCCAAAAAUCACAUUAAUCGGAUAUCGAAAACUAUAUGAUCAAAUCAGUUAUG